AUGGCUGCCAAUCCUAUAGAAUCUCUGAUCCUUAAGGCCACCGACGAGUCAUUAGUCUCCGACAACUGGGAAUACAUCAUCGAUGUCUGCGACUGUGUCAAUGAUGACCCAGAUAAUGGAGCGGCCAACGCCAUCAAGGCCCUUAAUGACCGUCUAAAGAUCAACAAUGCAAAUAUUCUUCUUAGAAGUUUGUCAUUGCUUUUGUCACUUGCUGAGAAUUGCGGCUCCAAAAUGAAACAAGAGAUUUCUUCUCUGGCAUUUACCGGGGAAUUGUACCUGAUCAUUGAUAACCGUCAUAUUCAUUACACUAUCAAGAUCAGAAUAGUGGAAAUCAUGCAACAGUUGUCCAAAUCAUUUAAAAGCGAUCCUAGUCUAAAGAAUAUCGACAAAUGUUUGGCAAAAAUCACCCAGAAUCACCCAAACUUGUGCCCUCCGGUUCCAAAAGUCCCUACUAAAGCAAGAAUGGACACCAGUGAUUUGAAGAAAGAAGAAGACGAAUUACAAGCAGUGUUAAAAUUAUCAUUGGACGAGUACAAACAGGUGGAAGAGGUAAGAAAAGCAGGCAAUACUGUGGCACCAAUGAUUGAGGAAUCAAAGAAACCACAAGAGCCAAAUAGUAUGCCAAAGGUUAAUGAUACAGAUGUCAAUAAACCUAUCCCAAAUGCCAAUAAUACUAAUACCGAUGCCUCAGUGUCUGAAAUCAAGAAAACUGAUAAACAAACUCCAGCAAUGGUGAGUAAAGUUAGAGCAUUGUAUUCUCUCCAAAGUAGCGAACCUGGAGAAUUGUCAUUUGAAAAAGGCGACGUUAUCACCGUAUUAGAAAGCGUAUAUACCGAUUGGUGGAGAGGCUCACUCCGUGGUAAAAUGGGGAUCUUCCCAUUGAAUUAUGUCACUCCAGUGGCCGAACAGACCAAAGAAGAAAUGAUCAAAGACAUUGAAGUGGAGUAUAACAUACUUCAGCAAUCGAAAAACAUUGAAAGAUUGUUGAUCAAAUUACAAUCUUUGAACACUAGCGAUGACCCAGCACAAGUGUUAAAUACCGACGAUGAUGAUUUGAUCCAAAACUUAUAUAACAAUAUCACCCCACUUAGACCACAGGUCGCUAGAUUGAUUGGCAAAUACUCUAUGAAGAAAGAAGAAUUGAUCGAUUUGGAUACCAAGUUAACUGAAGCCGAGAGAACCUAUAACGAUUUGUUGAAUGCCGCUACUUCGAAAUACAAGCAAACAAGUUAUCAGCUCCCACAACAACCUACUGGAUAUCCUGCUUAUAACCAUAAUCCUUUCCAACAUAACUUACCUCAAACUUCAAAUGUACCAAAUCCCGUCAGUCCCCAAAUGACCAGUAACGUUCCUCCUGCAUACAACUAUAGUACUACACAACACCAAAUCCCUAUCAGUUCACAACAUCAAAACCCUCCACAACAUCAAAACCCUGUCAGCUCACCACCAGCAACAAGCUCUUCUAACAGUCAUCCAUCCUACCCAUCUAGCUACACCGCUCCACAAAACCCACCGGUUAAUGCCCCUCAAGGUCACAACGUGGCACACAAUUAUCCAACUAGUAAUCCCUCUUACCCACAAGGCAACAAUUCUGCACAAACUGUAGUCGCCGCUUUCCCAUCAUCUCGCCCUCAACCAGUAAACUAUUCGUUACCUCGUCCAACCAUUAAAAACAAGACAUCUUCUAACAUUCCAAGUAAUGUUGCUGCUCAUACAUCUCCUGUUAAUACCGGCGGUGCAAGUCUCAAUACUGGCUCCUCUAUUACAAGAAUUAGUACUGGUGCUGCCCCUUCUAACACUGGUAGUAUCCAGGCACCAGUGGAACCAAUGGCCACUGGUGUUGGGUUCGGAAACUCUCCAAAAGUCAAUGCUACCCUGACAAACAAGCAAAAUAAUGUCUUUGCUACUAUGCCAAGUGUUCCAUCGGCAAUCCCAGUCAUUAAUCAGGGAGUCUCGAAUCCGCCGUAUCCUGACAGCACUACUGGGUUGCUUCCUAAUUUUGCAAGCUUAACUUCUGGGCCAUCAAAUACUGCAUCUCUAAUGUAUCCUCCAUCCAACGGGCCAGGAUAUCCUACUAGUUCUGGCAGCCUGAAUCCGCCAAAAAAUACUGCUCCUAAGUAUCCUCUUAAUUCUGGCGAUUUCUUGCCAAGAUCUACCUAA